AGGAAGUGAAUUCAAUGAUAAAUAAAAGACUGAAGGAUGCCAUCUUCACUGACCAAUGGAGUGAGCUCUUCAUGGACACACUUAGUCCCUUUGGUUAUGUGCUGGUAACCUCGGAGAGAAUGCAGGGGCAGCUGCUCCUAGUGUUUGCUAAGUACUAUCUCCUUCCAAAUCUCCAGGACAUCCAAACCGACUGCACCAGAACUGGCCUGGGUGGAUACUGGGGGAACAAAGGAGGAGUCAGCGCCAGGCUGUCUCUAUGCGGUCACAUGAUUUGUUUCCUCAACUGUCAUUUGCCAGCUCACAUGGAGAACUCCGAACAGAGAAUGGACAAUUUUGAGAGUAUCCUCCAGCUGCAGCAGUUCAAUGGCCCUGCUGCCAAUGGAGUCCUUGACCAUGACGUUGUCUUCUGGUUUGGUGACCUGAAUUUUCGAAUCGAACAAUAUGACAUCCGUUUUGUGAAAAGUGCCAUUGAGAAGAAUAAAUUGGGCAUUCUGUGGGAGAAGGACCAGUUGAACAUUGCAAAGGCAAUUGAGCCAGCACUGAAUGGAUUUCAGGAAGGACCUCUCAACUUUAGGCCAACGUACAAAUAUGAUGUGGGCACAAACACAUUUGACACCAGUUCGAAGAAACGCAAACCUGCCUGGACAGAUCGGAUUCUCUGGAGGGUGAAAAUGUCCGACUGCUACGACCUAUCACCAAAUCUCAGGAGGAGCAAAUCCCCAGAUGGCAAAUCCAGCCACAUUCAAGUGCUUCAGCAUGUUUACCGCAGUCAUAUGGAGUACCUCAUCAGCGAUCACAAACCCGUCACCGCCAUCUUUUCCCUGAAGUUUUCCCAUAAAAUGCAGACCCCAUUGAUUCAGCUCCAGGUGGAGGAUGAAUGGAACAAACCUUCAGAUGCUGUGGUUAGAUACAGGAUGGCAAGCUCCUUCGCCAAGAGCUCAUGGGAUUGGCUCGGUUUGUACCGGGUUGGGUUCAAACAUCACAAGGACUAUGUAACCUAUAUCUGGGCAAAGCAUGAUGAAACUGAUGCCACGAAGCAAUGCUAUCAGGUCAUGUUCAGUGAGGAAUCCGUGCCAAAGGGCACUGGGGAGUACAUCCUAUGCUACUACAGCAACAAUUUCAACACCAUUGUGGGAGUGACUGAACCCUUCCAGAUUAUUCUGCCCUCCUCAAGUUCUGACACCAGCAAGUCUGACAGCUCUGAUUCCAGCUCAGAUGGAGAGGAGAUGAGUACCUUGAAGCUGAUCCGCCCCAAAUCUCGCAGCCCCAGCCCCGGCAAAAUGAAGAAGGGGAGCAGCCGGAGCCGUAGUCGGAGUAAGAGCCCAGUUGCUCCAAUAACACGGUCCCUACAGGGGCUCAAUCUCAGGGUAGGCUCCAAGCACAAAAGCAAAAGCCGCAGCCCCUCACCCAGGGGGGCUCAGGUGUCCAUUUCUGGCCAACCCAAAUCGUCAGGGGGCAAACCCACUGCAGGAAACAGCCAGAACUCAGCAAACAACCUGCGGGACCGACUUUCACCUUCAGCUUCAGCAACUUUCAAAGACCCAGCAUCUUGGGAGAAAGAGCCGGCUUUUCUUGGCACAGGCUCUGCUACGAUGGGGGGACCUAGCAGUCAGGUUCAGGAACUCCCUGUGCAGCAAAGGGACAGCGCUCAACAUCCACAACUGUCUCCGAAACUCUCCCAGCAUCAUGGUCAGGAUGGAGCCGUCACUUUAAAGUUAAAUAAAGCAAAUCAACUCUCCACCGGCAAGUCUUCUCAAAGUGUCCAAGUCCCUGGGUCAGAGUCACAGCCACCAAUAUGGCAGUAGGAAGAGUGGAGCAGCAUUUUCAGAGAGAAGAAACUGGCCACUGGACAAGGCAAAGUAACAAGGAAUCAAAGGUCUCAUGUUGACGCAAGGAGUCAACAAAGCACAGAGAGACUGGAGAGACUGUAAUUGUUACAUGUAAUUGGAAGAUGUGUGGGACAAUCAGCCUGCAUUCUGAUUUUUAAUGUGAUAUGAGUUACCCCAAGAGGCUGGAUGACUUUUAGGGCCUCUGGAAUUGAUGAGUGGAUGCAAUCAUGAUGUAAUUAUUUAAUUAGUUACUUAAUUCACACUCUAACUAAUGUCAUUACCAUCCCACUGCGUGAGUGAGAUUCAGAGCACACACUCCAGCAAACUUGCUCCUCAUCUUCAUUGUUCUCUUCUGUUGCUUAUCCAUCUUGCCCUCUUUCAGUGUCUCUCCUUUUUACGCAUUCCUUUCUGAGUGAGUGACUUUGUGGCUGUUCUUGUUUCACCUGCUGCCUUCUCACGCCUGUCUCUCUUUUUAAAUGUCAUUUUCUCAGUAUUUGCUUCAUUGUUCUGAUGCAGAGUGAUUCUUAACUUUUGUGCAUUCAUGGGAAAAUCACACUCUUGAGCUGCAUGAGUGGAAAGUAGGAAUAGAACUUUAUAUCCUUUAAUCUCCAUUUCCUCCCAGCCUGGAUGUCUGCUGGGAGCUUGAGAUUAAAGAAUCACUUUAAAACUAUAUUUCUCGAAUGUUUAUCAAUACUCUGUCAUUGUCCAUCUCUCUCUAUUUCCUGAAGUUUACUGAUACAGUGUGUGCCAGUUUAUUCAUCCCGGAACACAGCAUGUGUGGAACUGUACAUCACACUUUGCUGCAGAAAAUGGAUCCAGGGUGUUUUGACUCUCAAAAUGCUGCCAGUUCACCUCUUGCUAUAUGGGAAAGAUGUAAGGAAUGUUGCUUCUGGAAAACAGUAUGGCUCUUGGCUGCUAAGCAGCACCUGGGAAAUUAUCAGGAAUGUUUCAUACAGAGUGCAUCUUGAGCCCUUAUUACCCAUCAGUGCUGGAAUAAAGCUACCAGCAUUCCUAGCCUGUGUUGGCAGGUGACCAGCUUUCUACUCAAGUAUUCAAAGAAUCACUGCUCUAUCCAUCUGGCUUUUGGUGACUUACUCUGGAACCAGUCUGUAGGAUGUAGGUAUGGAGUCUAGCACUGAGUCACCUGAUUGACUCACUCCCUCAAAGGAAGGUGAUGGUUCCAGGCCUUUGUUCUAAACUUCCCCAAUAGUUGAUAAUCAAAAUUCAUCCCAUACUGAUGUAGAAGUACAGAUCUGUGAACACAAGUGAAUAUUAGACUUGGCUAAAUGUGAAAAAAAAUUAAAAUUAAGUUAUGCUUUUGGAUGUAUAUAAUUACAUAAGCUUCUUGUAUAAGACAUUUUAAUUUAUUUACCUUCUACCUCCAGCUCUGGUCAAUUCUUCCCUUGCCCAAAUAUAUGGGAUUUAACUGGUGCACAAUUCUACAGACAUUGAAUGUUCUGCUGGCUGUGGCUCAUCUAUAAGCUUAGUCAGUAGUGGUGAAAAUAUUAAUCAUGAUACCAUAUGGUGAAUACUUCAGUAAAAUCACAGAACCUUCAGUGUAGACAAGAACUCCAGAAAAAAUAGGAACUCUUCAAUAAGGAUGAAGAUUCUUCAUUUACAAUGUGGAUCUUCAGUAGAAAUUAGGACACUUAAGUAUAGGUGAAGAUAGCUUCAGAAGCAAGGAGGACUGUUUAAUGUAAUUGAGAGCUCUUUUAUAAUAGACCAGAUUUAUUUAGUAUAAGACAUUUUUGAGUGUUGUGGCAGUACCACAAGAAAUAGGACCAGGAGUAGAACAUUGGGCCCUCCCAGGCCUGCUCCAACAUUCAAUAAGAUCCUGGCUGAUUCAACACUCCUCACGUCCACUUUCCUGCCUUUUCCCCAUAACUACUGAUUCUCCUAUUGAUCAAGAAUCUAUCUCAGUUUAAAAAAUACACAUAUACUACAGUAGCAAUCCAAAGGCCUUACUAAGCUAAUGAUAAGAGUUCAAAUGCAACACAGCAGCUAAGAAUUUAACUUUUUUAAAAAAAAUAUAGUACGGUGACCAUAAAAGUACUGGAUUGCUAUUUUUAAAAAUCUGGCCUAUUAUUCAACACCAGGUUAUAGUGCAACAGGUUUAAUUGGAAGCACACUAG